ACAAAGGGGGGGGGGAGAGGGAAAUGGGACUCUGGAUGCUUUGGUUGGCAGUGCCCGCUCCUUGUCUCAGGAGCACCUUUCCUCCACUGCUGAAUUCCUUCACAAAUCAACAGCUGCCACACACUCCGUGCACCCUCCCCCCUCACUUGAAAUUUGACCCUCCCACGGCCCCACGGUUAUUUUUAACUUUAUAUUGGCUGCCUAAUUUUUAUUAUUGUUAAAUCAUGCCGGCCUGGGACCGGACUUGUCCAUGAUUUCUGCAUCUCCUGAAGUAGGUGGCACGCUCCCACUUCUUUCCUCCUCUUCAGUUCAGGUGGCAAUUGCUCCUCUUCAGCUUUCCUAAACAGUGCCUGGCUUCAAGGGCACUGAGGCCGCUCUGCUGAGGAAGGUUGUGACUAGUAAAAAUCUACAAUUGCAAAUCAUGUGUGGCAGUUACCAACCAGCCGGUUGUCUAUGGAGAUGGUGUUUAUUGUUUGCCCUUUGGACUUGUGCUGGAACAGUUACCUGGCACCAUCUCACUUGUCUGCCUGAGUCUGCCUCCACCUCCCAACCUAUCCUGGGCUUCCGGGAGGUCUUGCGAAGAGGCAAAGGAUGUAUCAGCCAGGGACUCUCCUCCACGGGUCAAGAAGUGCAUGUCAUCAGCCUGCGCAAAGGAAGGCCUGCCAAAGCCCAGGUAACUCUCAUGUUGGCGCCAAAUCUUUUGAGCUGGGCCCCCAUCUUUGUACUGCACUCCCAGCAGCCAGUGCAAUGGAUGUUGUCAUCUUCUCCUGGAAAAAACUGGACCUUCCAGGUCUCUCUGGGCUCCAGCAUCUCAGCCCCUCAACAGGUAGUAUUUGCAGAGACUGAUUUCCCAGAUACUGCGAGAGGCCUGCUUAAGUGGGCAAGCAGGAAUCAUGGAGGGGUGACUUCAUUGGCUGAGUAUCGUGGAGUCAAUACAAUCUACACACGCCUGGGGCCUGGUGGGGCUGCCCAGGCAACUUGCAAAUUGCGUAGGAAUUUCCUAACUCCCAAGCACUUUGCCUCCGAACGCCAGCUGCAGCCACUGAGGAUUUGCCAGAAUCCUGACCCUCCUCAAGAUCUUGAAGUUCACAUCAUCCUUUCCAAAGGGGUUGCCCCCAGUCUGCUCUCUUCCAGGACCCGGCUGGCCCAUCUGACUGUGGAGCUUCAUGCGGUUGGAAGAUCUCCACGCCAGGGGCUCCUCUUGAUCCUGAAGAGUGAAAGAGCUGCCCAAUGGAUGGUUCGUGUCCACUGUUUCACUGGACAGCUGCAUGUACUGGCUUCACACAAUGUCACAGUCAGCAAUCCAAAAAAGAAGCAGCCUUUCACUGUGAUUCAGCAUACGCUUCCUGAGCUUGCUAAUGCUAAAGAUCCUUUACAAUAUGCAGCAGAGCAGAAGCUACCAGCAUUCACUUCUUACACUGAAGCUGAGCGGGUGAACAGAUUCCUUCUGGUUUUUGGACUGAAUGAGGCCAUACCUGUUCCUCCAGAGAAUCACGAACUCUUUGGGCCCAUGUUCUUGCCUGCCUCCAAACUUGCAGUUGAGAGACAGCACUUUCCAGAGGCUGUCACCAAAGGCUGGGAAAAGAAGCCGAAGGAAGAGGACAGUUCUGUUCUCACUACCUUGCCCACAGCUGAAACAGAAAAAGUUGAAUCUGAUUUAUGCUAUGGGUUUCAAAAGCCCAUGCAGGAAAAGAAGGAUAUAAAGCAAACAUUUUCCUCAGAAGCCAAAAAGUCAUCGAACCACCCUUUUCAACAUGGCGAUAUCCUGCUCAGCCUAGAAGUGUCCAGCUCUGAGGCUUUUGUCAAGCAACUAGGAUUCUGUAUCGUCUCUGCCAACAGCCGGGUCUUUGUGGAAGCAUCUUUGAUCACAUAUCACUUCUGUCUUGGCUUCACCAUCCAGCAAUGCUUCAUCUCUGCCUCUUCAGAUUCUUCAGUGGUAUCUUCAUACCUGCUUAUCCAGCACAGCUGUGCAGCUGAUUCCCAUGUUACCCUGUCAGCAUCUGAAUGGGCCAUUCAGGACCAGGCAUUGCCCCCAAGAUACCGCCAACGGCAACGACUAAGUUUUGUGCUCCAGCCUCGCUCCAAUGACUCCAUUCAUUUCUUACAUUGCCGCCUGACUCUCUGCAGCAGGGAACAGCAUGACUCCAGAAAAACUAGCGGUUCAAUCCCCAAGUGCCAGUUUGAGAACAAAGCCUGCAGGAGAGAAGAGCCAGCCAGUGGGGACUUCCAGCGUACCUUCACAAAGCCCAUCAUGGUAACCAUGGAAACUCCACUCAGAUCUGCUUCUCCUGGUCUGAAGCCAGCUAAUUCCCCGGCUAAGCAGCAAGGAAAAAUGAAGGAUGCAAGGAAGUUGCAGAAGGCACAAAUUCCGACUACUACUCCCCCAGUUCUGGAGCUCCCAGCUGUCACUGGCCUAGCCUUUUCAGCAUUCAUCAUUGGCAUCUCCCUCACUGGUGGCCUCUGGUUCAUGCAUUCUCAGACGCGUAAGAUGGCUGCCAGAAAGAGGGCCCAACUUGCAAAUGAGAAAGCUCCUGAAGAAACAGCUGUUUCCACUUUGGAUAUUUCCUCAGCUUUGAAUGUAACCAGCCCUGCAGAUAGUUUCCUGCCCUAGAAGCCUCUCCUGAGACACAGAUUCUGGGAUGAAUUUGCAAGCUUCUAUAAACCUACUAGCAUUCUCCCUCUAUUACAACUGGAAGCUUCAGUGUCUUUUUACUGUGCUUGAAUUUGUGCUUGAUGCUCCUCUAGCUUUAAUAAGUAAAUGAGCAGCAGGAAGGUUUUUCAUUAUGAAACAAGGUGGAAGACUAGAAAGCUGUCUCUUCAUUGGAGUGCGCCUCCUGUCUCUUACUGGGCCAUCAACAAAAGGAACUGUCCUGCUUGAGUCUGUACGAAAAUAUCUACAUUCCUCUACUGUGUCAGAUAUGCUGCUGUUGUUAUACUUGGGGAAGUUGUCAAUUAAAGACAUUGGGAGAUAAGGGAACAUUUAAUAAUUCCUACUGAGUGUCAUCUGGCUGUGUUUUUCUGUCCAAUAGUUGUAAUACUUUGUAGCUGAUACAUUUAAAUGACAUGCCCUAUCCAACAAAUAAACUAAUUUAGAUCUUAAUGUAUUGAUUCAAUAA